AUGUUUGUGGCCGGUUUUCAAUUAAGUGAAGGUUUCAGUAUAAGCUUCUUUGUUUUGCUGGUUGGACUGCUUUUGAGACAUUGCAUAGCCCUGAAAAAAUCAGGGUAUGUAAAACAGAUAAAAGAUUACUUUGCAAAUGCGCAAUUAGAAAAGGAACUGGUUAAAUAUAAUGGAUCUGUUAAGUUAGCAACCGGAAAGUUUACUGAAGAAGAAAUGGAAGAGGCCACAUCCAAUUACGAUGAUGGCAGAAUCAUUGCUACAGGAGAGCAUGGAAAAGUGUAUAAAGGAAUUCUACCAUAUGAGAGAGUGGUUGCCGUAAAGAAGUUCAAGUCCAAAGAAUCUACCCGUAACAAGUUCGUUAAAGACAUAGCAGCAGAAAUCGCAGCUGCGCUAGCAUACAUGCACUCCUCCUCCACUUCCAAUUCAUCAAUCAUACAUCUAAACGUGAAUUCGAAAAGAAUACUAUUGGAUGAGAAUUACAUGGCAAGAUUGGCCUACAUCAGAGAGGCAAAAUUUGUUCUUGAAGGUACUCUUGUAGAAGGUACCGUGCGAGGCUCAUCCGGAUACUUAGACCCUGAAAGUAUUCAAUCAAACACGUUGUCAGAAAAGAAUGACGUCUUUAGCUUUGGCGUUGUCCUAGUGGAGCUACUAACAAGCCAAAAGGCGUUUUGUGAAGAGUGGCCUGAGGCAGACAAACACCUUGCAAGCUUCUUUCUUUGCUUGGUGGAAGAGAGUCGCUUGGAUCAAAUUCUUGAUGGGGAAAUAAUCAAGGGGGAAAAUCUUGGGACAGCCAAAAAAGUUGCUGGUCUGGCAAAACGCUGUUUAGGGUCACAAAACGAAAGGCCUUCCAUGAAAGAAGUAGCCACGAAGCUUGAGGUGUUGCGAUUUAUGGAAUGGCAUUAUUCAGCUGCUACGGGAAUGGCUAAGUUGAAUUUUUCUCAAUCUCCCAAAAAAACCGACAACUUGCUUGGUUCACCUUCACAAGCUCAACUUCUUGAGGUUAGACGUGGAUUUGAUGAAUUUUUUGGUUCUUGUGGGAUUAUAACAGCUGCAGAGUUAAACGACAGCAGUGCAGGGCCAAAUCAAAUCCAAAUUAGUGUCGAAGCCUGA